GCCGGGAGCAGGCCGGGGGCUGCGGGAGGAGACUCUUCUGCGGGCACGCGGAGCGAGGACGGUGACAGCCACGCGCGCGCGUGCGCGCCCUGAUCAGCGCGGCCCCGCGACCCCCUCGGCCGCUGAGACGCGCGCCGGGUCUGGGCCGCCGCCGUCUAGGGUUCCCGUCCGGGAUAGUCCCUGGCCUCCCGGGCGCGUGUUCUUUAGCGCCGGGCCGCGCCCGCCCCGUCGGUCCAGGCUCGCAUCCCCUUCCCAUUGCCAUCGAGCCAGCACCCCAAUCCCUCUUUACGCUUCUGGGGCAGGGUCCUAGCGGCCCAUGCUGGUCGCUGGGGACCCGCGCCGCCCAGAUCGCUCCCGAGCCGGCCGACCCGCCACCAUGGUGGCCCUGGGGCCUGAGCAGCUCCUCCAGGGGGGCUAACAGGCCCAGAGUACAGGCCUAGGGCGGGAGGGUCCCGGGCCUUAGCCCCGCGCCAUGGCCGGGGCCAUCGCUUCCCGCAUGAGCUUCAGCUCGCUCAAGAGGAAGCAGCCCAAGACGUUCACCGUGCGGAUCGUCACCAUGGACGCCGAGAUGGAGUUCAAUUGCGAGAUGAAGUGGAAAGGGAAGGACCUGUUUGAUCUGGUGUGCCGGACGCUGGGGCUUCGGGAAACCUGGUUCUUUGGACUCCAGUACACAAUCAAAGACACCGUGGCCUGGCUCAAAAUGGACAAGAAGGUGCUGGAUCAUGAUGUUUCAAAGGAAGAACCAGUCACCUUCCACUUCCUGGCCAAGUUUUAUCCUGAGAAUGCUGAAGAGGAGCUGGUUCAGGAGAUCACGCAGCAUUUAUUCUUCUUGCAGGUAAAGAAGCAGAUUUUAGAUGAAAAGAUCUACUGUCCUCCCGAGGCUUCUGUGCUCCUGGCUUCUUACGCCGUCCAGGCCAAGUAUGGUGACUAUGACCCCUCCGUGCACAAGCGGGGAUUCUUGGCCCAAGAGGAAUUGCUUCCCAAAAGGGUAAUAAAUCUGUAUCAAAUGACUCCGGAAAUGUGGGAGGAGAGAAUUACUGCCUGGUACGCAGAGCACCGAGGCCGAGCCAGGGAUGAAGCGGAAAUGGAAUAUCUGAAGAUAGCUCAGGACCUGGAGAUGUACGGUGUGAACUACUUCGCAAUCCGGAACAAAAAGGGCACAGAGCUGCUGCUUGGAGUGGAUGCUCUGGGGCUUCACAUCUACGACCCCGAUAACCGGCUGACCCCAAAGAUCUCCUUCCCCUGGAAUGAAAUCCGAAACAUCUCAUACAGCGACAAGGAGUUUACUAUUAAACCACUGGAUAAGAAAAUUGAUGUCUUCAAAUUUAACUCCUCAAAGCUUCGCGUUAAUAAGCUGAUUCUCCAGCUGUGUAUCGGGAACCAUGACCUGUUUAUGAGGAGGAGGAAGGCCGACUCUCUGGAAGUUCAGCAGAUGAAAGCCCAGGCCAGGGAGGAGAAGGCUAGGAAGCAGAUGGAGCGGCAGCGCCUCGCCCGAGAGAAGCAGAUGAGGGAGGAGGCUGAACGCACGAGGGAUGAGCUCGAGCGGAGGCUGCUACAGAUGAAGGAAGAGGCAACGAUGGCCAACGAAGCACUGAUGCGGUCUGAGGAGACAGCAGACCUGCUGGCUGAAAAGGCCCAGAUCACCGAGGAGGAGGCCAAACUCCUGGCACAGAAGGCCGCGGAGGCCGAGCAGGAGAUGCAGCGCAUCAAGGCCACAGCCAUCCGGACGGAGGAGGAGAAGCGCCUGAUGGAGCAGAAGGUGCUGGAGGCCGAGGUGCUGGCGCUGAAGAUGGCCGAGGAAUCAGAGAGGAGGGCCAAAGAGGCAGAUCAGCUGAAGCAGGACCUGCAGGAAGCCCGUGAGGCAGAGCGGAGAGCCAAGCAGAAGCUCCUAGAAAUCGCUACCAAGCCCACGUACCCGCCCAUGAACCCAAUUCCAGCUCCGCUGCCUCCUGACAUACCACCAAGCUUCAACCUCAUUGGUGACAGCCUGUCUUUCGACUUCAAGGAUACUGACAUGAAGCGGCUUUCCAUGGAGAUAGAGAAAGAAAAAGUUGAAUACAUGGAGAAAAGCAAGCAUCUGCAGGAGCAGCUCAAUGAACUCAAGACAGAGAUCGAGGCCUUGAAACUGAAAGAGAGGGAGACGGCUUUGGAUAUUCUGCACAAUGAGAACGCCGACCGGGGUGGCAGCAGCAAGCACAAUACCAUUAAGAAGCCUCAAGCCCAAGGCAGAAGACCUAUCUGCAUUUGAGCCCUCAAAGUAGGUUGUUCCCAGCUCACCCUGCAAAGCGCCAAGUCCCGAGUGGCCUUCUUUGAAGAGCUCUAACAGGUACCCAGCCACCCAAGACCUGCCACUUCUGCUGCCCUCAGCACCAGUGGGCUGGGCCGGACGCCGUGGGAACCAUUCGCGCAGGGUUGGCUGGGGGCUUCCUCAGAAGCUGCGGAACGUUCCGCAGCUGAGCAGAGAGCCUGCGCCCCUUCAUGUGCAAUUGCCUUGAACUAUGACCCUGGAGAGAUCUCUCUCGUGGUGUUCUAGUUCUGACCCGAGUCUCUACUUUUU